AUGCGGGCCUCUGUGAUCCUGCGAGCUGCUCAGCACCGAACUCCUUCCAUCAAAUUCCUUGGAAAGAGAUCCCCUCCAAAAUCUGUAGAUCAUACUCCUCACCCACACCCUGCCUCACCUACACACUCACUCCCCGACAGCUUCGCAACCUACCGCUCCAAAGCUCAACAGCACGGUCCUCUGGGCGGCAACCGUAGCAAUGCAUCUCCCUUCCAAGCUUCGACUUCUGGCUACGCAACAUACGGUGCCAUUGGUGGGUCGGCUGGCAAGUCACUAGGCUCUGUUCAACCGAAGAAAGGGGAGUUCUUUGACAGAAGUGACUUGCCAAAGCGAUUCUGGCGGACCCAGUGGAGCGAUGAAGAGAUCGAUGCUGUGUCAUCGGGUGGGGCUAGCCUAGUUGUCUGA